AUGAUGCACAGCGCCCAAUCAGUCGCUACCCAAGCUAGCCUGUCACUGCUGAAGCUGUCGUCUCUGUUACUGCCCUUUGUUACUGCACAGGAUUCUGUUAGCUAUGACUUCGACAGCUAUGGAGCUUCUGAUCCGAGUGGCACGCCGUACCAAACUUACAUGUCGAACACGAAUGUGAAGCCACCGCAGAUGCAGAUCAAUCGAAAUGGAACAGCGUUGCAGAGCGGACUUGUGUUCCUGGGGAUCAAUGGUCUGCCUACGAGUGGGCAGAAUUGGCCAGCAAUAUUUGAAUUCUCAGACGAUCGCAUGGGGUCACUUGUAUGGACCGGCAACUACAGCGAACCUUUCGAUUUCAAGACGCAGACAUACAAGGGCGAGCCUGUGCUUACACUCUGGUCUGGAGAGUUACUGAACGGCUACGGACGAGGUUCAUAUCAUAUCCUCAACCAAAGCUAUGACGAGAUUGCGCACUUUCAAGUCAACCGUUUCGGAGAUGAAAUGGGCGAUAUCCACGAGUUUGAUAUCACUGCUGAUGAUACCGCGCUUGUCUUGAUCUACCAUGGCAUUCCAUGGGAUUUGACUGCAUCCGGAGGUAUCGAGAAUGGUUGGCUGUUCGAGAAUACUUUCCAGGAAGUCAACAUCGAGACUGGAGAGCUUAUCUUUGAGUGGAAUGCCAGUACUCAUGUUGGAAUCAACGAGUCGUACAAUUCUCUACCGUCUGAGGUUGGCCAAUCCGAAGAAGCGCCGUGGGAUUACUUCCAUAUAAACUCCGUCGAGAAGGACAGCAACGGUGAUUAUCUAGUCUCAGCACGCGUCAUGGACGCCAUCUACAAGAUAUCUGGACAAGACGGAAGCAUCAUCUGGCGCCUUCAAGGUAAACAAUCGGACUUUGACGUUGAUCCGGCUGCCAACUUCGCUUUCCAACACGAUGCUCGCUGGCUCAACGACAACCAAACUCGCAUGACGAUUUUUGACAAUGGACCCACCGACACAAUUGGCUACUCGCGAGGUCUCUUGCUCGAUGUCAAUCAGGACGAAAAGACCGUCAAACUCAUUACUGAAUUCACCAACGAAGGCAAGACCUUUGCAACAUUCGAAGGCAGCUUGCAAGCCAUCGACCCUUCUAACGAAACCACAAACUUCAUGCUUGGCUUCGGCAGUCAGCCCUUCUUCACUGAGUUGGAUCACCAAGGUAACAUCCUUCUUGACGUACAGUUUGGCAAAAGUAACGUUGUAAACGCAUACCGCGCGUAUCGCCAGCAAUGGGAGGGGAAACCGUCCACCAAGCCGGAUGUGCACUGGGACCAAGACGGAAACACGGCAUUCUUCUCUUGGAACGGGGCUACUGAGAUCGAAAGCUGGGUUGUAUGCACGGCCAAUGCGAGCGAUUCACGUACCUGGACCAAUGUCACUGUGGCAAGGAGGACAGGAUUCGAGACAACAAUCGACCUUUCCGAUGCACAAUUGGAGAGCUUUGUACGUGGAAAAGCUGUGAGCAGUGAUGGUACUGCCUUGGGAUGGACUAUGACGAGUGACGGGAAUGAAUUGUACGAUGCGCCAGACGAUGUUGAUGAGAUUGGAUCGGCGAGUGCUCCCACUUCUACGGCUUCUUCUUCUUCUUCCUCCACGGAUACUUCAGCGCCAUCGAGCACAGAUGCUGCUCCUUCGAGCACUUCGAGUGGCGCUGCGACAAGAGCGACACAUGGGGUUAUGGAGCAGGUGUACGUCGCUGCUGUCGUGGUGACCGGAUCCAUGAGCGUUCCAGCACCACCUCGCGCUGUAUCACCACUUGGUCUACCUGCGGCCGCUCUCCAUGAUCGCGCCCACGCAAAACCACAUCCUGACUCAGAAGUUGCAGUGCGCUACGAGCGACAGCGCUACUCGCAGGAGUUGGGACCCGUCAAUGUGUAUCAGGAAGGACCUGGUAGAGACGAAGUAGCAAGGACAAAGCGCUGGUAUGACCCAGUUGUCAAAUUUUGGACUGCACACGUUAGUCUGAGCAUCGACGAAGGAGCGCACAGAGAUCAUUUGGCACUCGAACGCACUUUCCUAGGCUACCUCCGUACCUCUCUUAUCCUUGUCAUGACAGGAAUCUUGACUGCUCAGCUCUUCCACUUGCAGCAUUCGGCUACGCCCAACCCGCGCUUUGGUUUCUAUAAGGUCGGGAAACCGCUUGCAGCAAUCUUGAUCUGCAUGGCUAUUGUCGUGGUGUUGACAGGGGCGAUCAGGUUUUGGCGGCUACAGAGGGCGCUUGUGAGAGGGAAGGCGAUGGCAGGAGGGUGGGAAGUAGGGCUCGUCAUGGUUUUGAUGCGCGAAGGACGCUCCGAUCCCGCCAACAUGGGGCUCUCCAAAUCCACGCGCAUCAUGAUACUGCUCGCCAUAGACACGGCAUUCUUCUUCGUCGAGCUGAUUGCCGGAUAUACGGUGCACUCGUUGGCGCUGGUUGCCGACUCGUUCCACAUGUUGAACGAUGUCAUCUCGCUCCUUGUCGGCUUAUGGGCAGUCAAGGUGGCUAGCCAGAAGACAAACUCAAAGACAUACACAUACGGAUGGCAACGUGCGGAGACUCUAGGUGCUCUGAUCAACGGAGUCUUUCUAGUUGCGCUUUGUCUCUCCAUAUUCCUCGAAGCCAUCCAGCGAUUCGUCGAGCCACAGGAUGUUUCGCACCCCGUCAUCAUUCUUAUCGUCGGUUCUUGCGGUCUCGCAUCCAACAUCAUCGGUCUCUUCCUCUUCCACGAUCACGGCCACGGCCACGGCGGCCAUUCCCACGGACACGACGCGCACUCACACGCCGAGGAGGGUCACUCUCAUGGUGUAGAUGCGCAUGAUCAUGCCAUCGCAGAUGAGAGCGGUAACAUUGCGGAUGUACUGCCCCAGAACCGUGUCGGCUUCCCGUCAAACCUCACCCAAACACCCACAAAGUCCAACGGUGUGUCAUUCACAUCCGACGCAGACACACGCCGCUCGUCCACUCCUGGAAAGAAGAACAAACGCCACAGCCGUUCGCACUCGCGCAACUAUGCCACCAUCGAUGAGAUCUACGUACACCCUUCGUCCUUCAGGAACAGCAUCAUCGAGUCUUCGCGCGCGCACGACGACGAGGCUGACGACGAGGACAACAAUGUCAUAGAUGACGACGAGCCCACUGAGCAGACUUCGCUUCUAUCCAAGUCCAAGAGCCACGGCUCACACGAUCACUCUCACGCAAAUGGCAAGACCAACAAGAAGGAUCAGCACAAGGGCCACAACCACAACCAGCCCAAGAAAGAGUCAUCCGCAGGUGGCCACGGUCAUUCUCACGCAGAUCUCAACAUGCGUGGUGUCUUCCUACACGUCAUGGGCGAUGCUCUUGGCAACAUUGGUGUCAUUGGCACUGCUCUGUUCAUCUGGCUCACCGACUUUUCCUGGAGGAUGUAUGCUGAUCCCGCUGUGUCUCUGCUCAUCACCGUCAUCAUCCUUCUGUCUGCUCUGCCCCUGUGCAAGGCUGCUUCUCGUAUCCUUCUGCAAGCCGUUCCGGAGAACCUUUCCAUCGACGACAUCACCGAGGACAUUACCGACCUCACCGGCAUCGUCUCUUGCCACCAUCUCCACGUCUGGCAGCUGUCAGACACGAAGCUUAUUGCAUCGCUGCACGUUCAGGUCGACUUUGACUUCAAGGGUGAGGGCUCAGCACGUUACAUGGACCUCGCACGCCAAAUCCGCGAAUGCCUCCACCAGUAUGGCAUUCACUCUUCUACCAUCCAGCCCGAGUUCUGCCUCGACGCCAGCCACGACCAUUCAGCACAUGGCUCCGACGAUAGCGGCGCGGAAGAUGGCGGUCGCGUCAGCAAGAACCCCAGCGUAAAAGGCGGCCCUGAUGCUUGUCUGCUAGAAUGCCCCGACAGCUGCGGUGGAGGAAAGCAAUGCUGCGACCCCAACACUACCGGUCCCAAUGCGCCUUCUUCAUAA